AUGCAAAUCCGGAUUAGCACCCUUUUCUCAAUAUUGGCCGUCUAUUUAAACAUUAUUCAAUCGAUUCGUGAUACGUGUAUAGAUGUUUUGGCAGCCCAACACAAUGUUGUCCAAAAAGAGAAGAGUAAGAAGAAAAGCAAGGGAAAAGACACUGCCGGAGAUCUUUCUCAAUUGUGGUUCAGAGAAUUCUACUUGGAAAUCGCGAAUGGGGAAAGGAUCCAGUUCCCUAUUGAUAUGUCAAUGCCGUGGAUUCUCACCGAUCACAUUUUGACCACUAGUGACGCUUCGCUUUUGGAAUGUGCUCUUUUCCAGCUCGAUCUCUACAACGAUGCAGCACAUUACUGCUUGUUCAACUUUCAAAAGCAGUUUUUGUACGACGAGGUUGAAGCCGAAGUUAAUCUUUGUUUCGAUCAAUUCGUCUAUAAACUCUCGGAUGCCAUCUACACACAUUUUAAACAACUGGCUGUGUGUAUGUUGCUUGACAAACGGUUCAAAGCGGAAUGCCAGCGAGCGGGUGUUUCCAUUCGAACACCACCAGCUGCUCGAUUCGAUGCGUUACUUAAACAGCGACAUGUACGGAUUCUUGGAAGAACCAUCGACCUCAAUAGACUUAUUUCUCAACGAAUCAACAUUGCUAUUAUCAAGUCAAUCGAUACGGCAAUCUGGAAGUUUGAAAGUGAUCAAUUGUCGAGUAUUUUGGAAUUGGAUGCUUUACUUGAGGCAAACAGAAUGUGUCAUGAUUUAUUGGAUGCUCGUCUUGGCGGAUUGGCUCCAUUUAAUGAUCUCUUCUUAGAAGCAAAUCACAACGUCGGAGCUCCUCAUGCUUUGUGCGUUCGCGAGUUACCUUCAAAGAAACGCCAGCUCGUGAACGUCCGCCAACAGCGUCUGUUCUUUAUCAUUGGGGUAGUAAAAGCUAUCGCUCAAUUGCUUCAAUAUCAAGGAAUAUCCGUAAUCUUGGAAGAGGUUCUGAAGUUGGCGAGGGGCAGCUUGCAGCAAGGACUGAAGAAUCACACGCGAGAAGUGCUGAAGCUUAUGCCGAAGUUGUGCAAACUGCCACGAAACGAUUAUGGAAGUCCAGCGAUUCUUCAAUAUUACUGUCACCAUCUUGAUGGAGCGAGUAAAUAUUCGGAAAUGAAAUCCGAAUUUUGUCAGGAGUUGCGUUUCAUCGGAAACAUGGUUGCUUUUUGUCUACAAUUAGAACUCGCUUUGGCACACGAAGAAACUUGGGAUCUCUUGGUUGCCGCUCCUUUCACAAAUGUUAUCCCGAAACCACCAGCGAAAACCGUCGUCGAACAAGAGAAACAAUUGCAAAAACUUGAAGAAAAAUACUCGCGACUUCAACUAACAAACGUUGUUGAGAAGUUUGGAGAUACCAGUCAACGAGCAAUCGCACGUGAAGCCGAAUUGUUAACGCGAGAGCGACUCUGCUGUGGUUUAAACAUCUUCGAAGCUUUUCUCGAUCGACUUCGAAAAAUGCUACAAAUGGAUCCGAUUUGGAAAGGCAAUCCACCUGCAAAUCGAAUCAUGGCGAUUGAGGAAUGCGAAGAAUGGCAUCGCAUUUGGUCGGCUCUCCAAUUUUUCCUUGCUCAACCGGCUGUUGAGAGUGAAAGACUGCAUGAGGAAAUCUUCGGAAAUUACGUAUCGAUUUGGGAAGAGCAUGAAGGUGAAAUGGUUCGCGAAUUCGCCCCUCCAAUUCAUCCAUCGCUCGCCAAGCAUUACAAAGAG